AUGGAAGCUGGAUUGGAUUAUGCAUUCGGCCUUCUGGCUCCUGAAAAUGAUGAAGUCUUCGAAUGGCUGGAUGAUACGACCAAUAAAGACUUUGCCUAUGACUAUCAUUCAACAGUCUUACAAAUGUUGCAUGAUGUUGAUCCACCUCGUUCACAUUGGGUGCUCAAGUCCCCAGAGCAUAUACUUUGGAUUGAUACUUUGUUAAAAUAUUAUCCACAUGCAUCACUUAUUAUGUCCCAUCGACGACUCCAAGAGGUAUUUCCUUCAGGUUGUCGCCUAGUACUUGCUUGGACCAACAUCUAUUUUGACAAAGAUGAUUAA